AUGGAGGCAGGAUUGAGUGGUUUUUCAGCAAUGGCUCCACCAGUGUUUGAUGGAGAAAAUUAUCAAGCCUGGGCAGUGAGAAUGCGAGCCUAUCUAGAGGGCUGUGAUUUUUGGGAAGCUGUGGAACAAGAUUAUGAAGUUGCUCCCCUUCCUGACAAUCCAACCAUCAAUCAGAUCAAGUAUCACAAGGAGAGGACAACAAGGCAAAGCAGAAUUAUGACUUGUGAAUCAACCAAAGCUAUUUGGGACUUCCUCAAAGCUGAGUAUCAAGGAGACGAGACGAUCAAAAGCAUGAAGGGGCUAAAUCUGAUGAGAGAAUUCGAGAAAUUGCAAAUAAAGGAGUCUGAGAUAAUUAAGGAGUAUUGUGAUAAGUUGACAAGCAUUGCAAAUCAGGCAAGAGCUCUUGGCACUGACCUCUCUGAUAAUAGGCUAAUGCAGAAGAUUUUUGUCUCCUUGCCCGAAAGGUUUGAGGCAACCAUUGCCUCUUUAGAGAAUACCAAGAAUUUGUCUCAGAUCAAGCUUGCAGAAUUGCUAAGUGCUCUGCAAGCACAAGAGCAGAGGAGGUUAAUGAGGAUGGAAGGAAGUACAGAAAGAACUUUGCAGGCUAAAGGGCAGCAGAAUGUAGGAGUGAAAGGCAAGAAGUGGAAAGGAAAGAAAGGGAAUGACAGUAGUGGUUCAGAAAUUGCUGCAGGAGAGAACAGUGCAAGCAACCCUAAGAACAAUUGGGGAAGGUAUUCCUCAUGUCAGCACUGUGGAAAACAGAAUCAUCCAUACUUUAGGUAUUGGAAGAGGCCAGAUGUAAGGUGCAGAAGAUGUCAAAAGCUUGGACACAUUGAGAAGUUUUUUAAAGAGAAGGGAAAUCAGCAGCAAGGUGAGGCACAUGCUGCAGUCCAGCAAAAGGUAGAUCAAUUGUUUGUUGCCUCGUGUUUCUCUUCUAGUACUCCAUGUGAUAGUUGGCUUGUUGAUAGUGGUUGCACAAACCAUAUGACAAGCGAUGAAAAGCUAUUUAUUAACAUUGACAAGUCAUUAAAGUCAAAAGUGAGGAUUGGAAAUGGGGAGUACUUAGAAGUGAAAGGUAAGGGAACUGUAGCAAUAGAGAGUUGUGCUGGAACUAAGCUGGUUUCUGAUCAAAAUGGAGUUAGUGAAAGAAAGAAUAGAAUUAUUAUGGAGAUGACUAGGUGUCUGUUGCAAGAGAAGAAUUUGCCAAAAGAGUUUUGGGCAGAAGCAGCAAACACAGCAAUUUUUCUGCUGAAUAGACUACCUACAAGGGUCAAGAGAGACAAGCUGGGAGAGAAAGCUGAACCUGGGAUCUUUGUCGGCUACAGUUUAGUAUCAAAAGCCUACAGGAUCUAUCAACCACAGACGGGGAAGGUGAUUACUAGCAGGGAUGUUCAGUUCCUAGAAGAUGAGCAAUAG